AUGCCUCCACCUUCUCCUCCACCUGAGCUAGGUGCAUCUUGGGAUUUCUUUGAUCCUGGUGAGGAUAGUGAGAGCUUUAGGUUUGUUGUGAAUGGUAGUGAGUUUAGAGAUUGCAAGGAUCAGUGGUUUCAACUUGGUUCAGAUGAUCGUUUGGUUGUUUCAAGGGGAGUUGAAGGUUGUGAACAAUUGGUUGAUGGAAAUGUGAGACAGUUAGAGGUGGUAACGGCACCAGGUAGCGCUGAUGAAGACAUAAAUCUUGAUGUGGCUGAAAAGGGUGGUGUUGGAAAAUCAUUUUCAAAGAAGGAGAAGAAGCAGAUGGAUGAGAAUAAUGUGUGCACAGAAAGAGAGGAUCCUUCAGAGUUCAUCACUCAUAGACCCAAAGAUUUUCACUCCAGCAUAAAGGAUAUAGAGCAUAGGUUCAUUCGAGCUUCAGAAUCUGGUAGAGAUGUUUCAAGGCUGUUAGAGGCAAACAAAAUCAAAGUUGGAUUUUUUGAGGCAAAAGGGAAGUCAUCUACAAUGGCUUUGAUCACGUCCAUCCAGCCCGUUUGUUGCCGCAGAAAGACAUCACCUGUUUUCCAAGAACCUGUACAAAAAAUCAUAAGUUGGAAAAGGACAACAUCUUUUCAAUCAUCCUCAUCCAGGAACCCUUUGGCUUCAAGAUCAAGGGAAGAUAUUGAUGAUAGUGGUAGUGAUUUUGUUGAAGAAUUCUGCAUGAUUGCUGGAAGUCAUUCAUAA